UGAGGAUAACACAGUUGAGAUGGGAGCUGAGGUUGGUCCAUCGCCCUCAUUGACAUUUGUUCGGGAAGUUGAAUUCUGAAUCUGAUUCCGCAUCCACUUUUCUCUUUCUUCUUCAUUUUCUGUCCCCCGUGCCUGAACCACAUUUACACACACUGCCUCACACAAAUAAGAGUCCCCUGCUGCCCAUAUCCACAUCUUCACACGCACACUUCCAUUUUUUCGUAAGGACAACACUCCUCUUCAUCUUUCUCACCCCGUACUCUUUCUGAUCCAUUAAUCCUUCUUUCUGAGUAUCACAACUGAGUACUCUGCCUCUCAUUGCCAUCUCCACCUUAUAAUCCUUUUCACCUCAUCCUCCCCAAGAGCCAAGUACAAGACGAGCACGGUCCAACCCUGUGACCAGGCUAACUUUUCUGUUGUGCUUCGCCCAAGCAUUCAACAGUGUGCUGUAACACAGUGUAACUGAUAUUCCAACAAUGAGCCGAACUCAGAGUGUAACUGGCGUCUACUCUCCCGAUAGCCAGUACGACAAUAACAAGGACGACAACAACUCCACGGAAACGCUUUCAAAAAUCGACUGCAGCCAACGACAAGCACACUCUCACGACCCUCAGACAUCUCUCAGCACACCUCCCCCAACACCCAAAACACCUCGGAAAUGCACAACCAGCACCAUUAGCGACAAUAUCACACAAAGAUCUCAUCUCCUCCCCAAUCCCCAUCUCCAUCUAACAGCUGACACCAUCGCGGAUCCAAAGGAUAUAGAUACUAUUGCUGCAGCCCGGGGAGAUGUAUCUGAGAGCCCACAACUUCCUCUGCAUCCGCUACAACUACUGCUCGACCCCUCCCUCCUCCCUCGCUGUAGCUCGACUGAUACGGACGAGCGCGAAUCCUCUGAAGAACAUGGCACUUUAGAAGGCAGUCUAGGAGGUCCACAUAGCAUUGUAGGAGAGAAAAGGACAAGGGUAGGAGGAGGAGAGUCUAGAAGUUCGUCUUCCACUCGCGUUUCACGCGCCGGAGGAUUACGAGCUACAGGAAGAGACGUAACGAAGGGUCCUCCUCCUGUUAACGAACGACCCCGCUGGGUCGGCGCUUGGUCAUCACUGGCGACCUGGAAGGACCUCAACAAGAAUGAUACGAAGAACAAGAUACCAACAAUGAUGCCCGCAGACCGACGUCAAUCUAUCACAACAUUGUCUCGGCCAUCCACCCCAACCUCCCCGUCCACGACAGCACGUCCUUCGAAAGUACCAUUCUCUCCAGGGCUUAGUGGGGCAGCAGCACGACGUAUUUCCCUUCAGCCAAACCACCUAAACCACCGAGGCGAGGCCGAUAACAACAAGCCCUCAGGGCAUGCAAGGGGUCGUUCAGACUCUAUCGCCAGUAACACUGGGAGACCUUUGAGCACACUUAACCCCACGAACAACAAGGGCAAUAAUAGCAACAGCAGAAAGGGAAACAUUACCAGCACCAACAAGGAUGGGUUGCGUCCCAAAAUGCUUAGCAGCCAAAUCAGUGCAUCGUCUAAAGAGAGGCAAGGGCCCGCCAAGAGCACCAACAGCAGUGCAGGCAUCGAUUUCAUUGUCCAGGCCCCUGUUGUGCAAAGGGCGGAAUCUUCUCAGGAGAACAAUAAUAACACCAACACCAUUCACGAAAACCGAAUGAAAUCUUGUGCAACAUCAAACGCCGACGCCCAGUCCUCUCCCGCACUAAUUCGAAGAUUCUUGUUUAGUACUACGACCGCUGCCAGCAGUAGUGAUGUCGCGUCCACGACAACACAGUCUACGUCCGAAGAGGCCAGGACCUCUUCUGACGCAUCUUUUAAUACUGUCGAGGCCGCUAGCAAGAUGCACAAUCUUACUGCACCUAUGGCUGUUGUCGCGUCCUUCGUGGCCAAUGCCACAUUUGACCACCCUCAACAAUACGCGUACAGUGACUCGAGUUCCUCCAGUUCUCUCCACCGCCGCCGUGACUACGGCUCUGCUGCAUCAUCCAUUGCAUUCGCUGAUGACGCUAUGUCUUCUAUGUCUUCGAUGACUGCCGGAGAAAUGGCUGCCCGUGAGAGUCAACCGGCCCAUGCACCCGGCUACCCCUCCUCAUCUGCCUCCUCGAUCACCGCUCCCACUUCACCAUCCACCUCGUCCGCCCACCAAGCGUUCUCCAAAAUCAUGGAACAGAACGACCGCCAACGCAGUGUCUUUGACGUGCUAGCUUCCAAAACUCGACUCUAUCUCUCCAGUGGCAGAGAUUCAAAUACCAUUGAAGAAGGACAGCUUCGAUCAGGACGACGAGAGUCCAGUUACAAAACGACCUCCCCGGUCACGCCAGAGAAGAGAUCAAGGCUGCCGAUGGAGUUGGCCGCGUCUGAAAGCGAUGCUUCGAGCCUUUAUCAUGUCCGUGUGUCGAGCAUCGAGUCGUUUCCGAAGCACGUCAUGUCCAACUCCUCGGCUCCGACGAUGCAAUAUCUCCGGGGUCUAUUCCGCCGUGCUUCGGUAUCGGGUGCAGAAUCUACAGUAGCAGCAAGAGUACCGGCUGAUGGAACGGAUAGCAAAGCAGUUAAUAGCUGAAAAAUGAAUAAAGAUAUGAACAAG